CAUCCCAGUCCCAGCUCGCACGGGCACAGCUCGCUCCUUUCCGGCGGAGGAGGCACCGGGGUCACGCCCUUCUUCCCACCCCCUGCCUCGCUCCGCCGCUCCACGCGCCCGCGGUCGAAAGGCGCGGCGUGUACGGCCUCCUCUCCUCUCCUCCCCGAUCCCCGCGGCUCUCUCGCGCCCCUCCGCGCGCGCGGGCGUGCGGCAGGGUGUCAGGUCUGGUGAGGGCGACGCUGCCGGCCUAAGGUUGUCAGGAUUUCUUUUCCUCACUGAAGAUGAGUUGUGGUUCAGAUGAAGAUUCGGAAAUAAGUGAUUCUGAGAUUGAUGACUAUGAGGGCAAAUUUUAUGCACGCCUGGUGGCAGGGGAGUUUAAAGUUAAGGACGGCGAGAGUUACAGCUGCCCAUUUUGCAGUGGCAAGAAGAAGAAAGCUUACAACUUGAACAAUCUUAUUCAGCACGCCUCAGGAGUAGGCGCAGCGCCUAAUCGUCAGGCUAAAGAUAAGGCAAGCCAUCGUGCCCUUGCCAAGCACUUGAAGAAUGGCCUCACUAAAUCGUCAGAACUACCAGCGCAGACAGUUGUUGUGGAGCCGCAACCACUUCCAAGCAGAGAUGAGAAGUUUGUGUGGCCCUGGAUGGGUGUUCUUGUUAAUGUGCCUACUGAAUGGAAGGACGGGCGCCAAAUUGGACGGAGUGGAAAUCAUUUGAAGGAGCAAUUAUCACGCUUUUGCCCACUUAAGGUCAUUCCAUUAUGGAAUUUUAGAGGUCAUACAGGGAAUGCUAUUGUUGAGUUUGGAAAAGAUUGGCAUGGUUUCAGAAAUGCACUUGCCUUUGAAAAUUACUUUGAGGCAGAAGGAUAUGGUAAAAGGGAUUGGAAGCAAAAACAGAAUCAAGGUUCAUACCUUUUUGGAUGGGUUGCAAGAGCUGAAGAUCACAGUUAUCCAGGGCUAAUAGGCGACCAUUUAAGAAAAAAUGGUGACUUGAAGACUAUCAACGAUCUUGAGAAUGAAGGAGCACGUAAAACGGACAAACUUGUAGCCAAUUUAGCUAACCAAAUUGAGGUCAAGAACAGGCAUUUGCAGGAGCUCGAAGUAACAUACACUGAAAGAACUGCAUCGCUCGAGAAGAUGAUGGGGCAAAGGGAACAGCUUCUCCAGAAAUAUAAUGAAGAAAUUCGCAAGAUGCAGCAGCUAGCUCAGAGACAUUCUCAGAAGAUAAUUGAUGAGAAUCAAAAGCUGCGUUCUGAACUGGAGUCCAAGAUGAGCGAACUUAAUACGAGAUCCAAGGAGCUUGAUGAGAUUGCUGCAAAAAGUGAUUAUGACAGAAGGAUCAUUGAGCAGGAGAAGCAGAAGAAUGCUAUCAAAUCAAGCCAUCUUAAGUUGGCAACAUUGGAACAAGAGAGAGCUGAUGAAAAUGUGCUGAAGCUUGUAAGAGAACAUAAGAGGGAGAAAGAAGCUGCUGUAAGGAAAAUUUUAAGGUUGGAGGAGCAGUUGGAUGCAAAACAAAAGCUUGAAUUAGAUAUACAACAGCUGAAGGGCAAAUUGGAAGUGAUGAAGCAUAUGCCAGGGGAUGAAGAUUCAGCAUUGAAAAAUAAAAUUGAUGAACUGAGUGAGGAGCUGCAAGAAAAGAUGGAUGAACUAGAUGCUAUGGAGUCACUUAACCAAACUCUGGUUAUCAAGGAAAGUAAAAGCAAUACUGAAAUGCAAGAUGCUCGGAAAGAGCUUGAAAAUGGCUUGCUUGAUCUCUCAGAUGGCCGAGCACAUAUAGGAAUCAAGAGAAUGGGUGAGCUUGAUCUGGAAGCAUUUUCAAAAGCAUGCAGAAAGAUGUCAUCAGAAGAGGAUGUGGGGGUUACUGCUGCCAUUCUUUGUUCAAAGUGGCAAGCUGAAAUUAAAAAUCCUGAUUGGCACCCUUUUAGGGCUGUCUUGGUUGAUGGACAGGAGAAGGAAAUUAUUGAGGAUGAUGAAAAACUUCAAGAAUUAAAAGAAGAGCAUGGUGAAGAAAUAUACAAGUUGGUGAGGAAGGCGCUGUGUGAAAUUAACGAGUACAACCCUAGUGGCAGAUUCCCAGUGGGAGAGCUGUGGAACUUCAGAGAUGAUCGGAAGGCUACUCUGAAGGAAACAGUCCAGUUCGUCCUGAGACAGUGGCGAGCGAACAGGAGGAAGCGCUAAGCCCACCUGUUCAAUGCCAUGUAGCGCUGCUGUUUGCGUUCCACCUGAUCUGGACAUCAUGCUACUUAAGCACUAGUGCAUUCGGAAUCUGUAGAACUGUAACGUAGUUAGGUUAGAACAUGGCUGUUUUAUUCCUUGUUGGACACAAUAAGUUGGGGGUAGGGUACUAUAUUGCAGGUAUCAGCAUUGGGGGCCACCCAUUGCCCACCUGUGCAAGUAGAUCUGCUCUCCAUCACUGUUUUAGGUAUGCUGUGUAUAGCCAUGAACCGAGCCAACUUCUAUGUGCAUGCUAUCGGGAAUAAGCGGACGCAGCGGAAUAUGCAGUGUGAAUGUAUGACUGUAUGAAGUGAUUGUCCGGUUGAAAUAUUUGUCAGAA